AUGGCUUCCGAUACUAUCAGCACCAUCGUCGAAAGACUCCUCCAAUCGCUUACUCUCGAAGAGAAGGUGUCUUUGGUGGCCGGCCAAAAUAUGUGGCAGACUGCCCAGGUCGAGCGAUUGGGGAUUCCGCCUCUUCAAAUGACAGAUGGUCCAGCGGGUGCUCGAGGCACCAAAUGGACAGAUGGUUCUCUGACUACUUUGGUACCCUGUGCUAUUUCACUAGCUGCUACCUGGGAUCCUUCAAUGGUGAAGAGAGUUGGCACUGUUUUGGGCGAAGAAACUCGCCGCAAAGGCUGUCAUGUGCUUUUAGCACCAACAAUGAAUUUCUCCCGCUCACCACUUGGUGGCCGCAACUUUGAAGGCUAUGGAGAAGACCCCUUCCUUAUCGGUACCAUGUCCACCGAAAUGAUCCGUGGUAUCCAAAGUGAAGGCGUCGGUGCUUGCAUGAAGCAUUUCAUCCUCAAUGACACCGAAACACGUCGGUUCAAUGUCAAUCAGACUAUUGAUGAGCGUACCUUGCGGGAAGUUUAUAUGAAGCCCUUUUUUAUGGCCCUCGAAGCAUCGCCCUGGACAGCGAUGGUCAGCUAUCCCUUGGUCAAUGGUGUCCACGCGGAUAUGAGCCCCUUCGUCCUGCCAAAACUGUUGCGGGAUGAGCUGCAAUUUGACAGACUGGUCAUAAGUGACUGGGGAGGCUGCAAUGAUACCGUUCAGAGCUUGAUCGCCGGCACCGACCUUGAGAUGCCUGGUCCACCAGUUCGGCGCGGCCAACGUCUCCUUGCUGCUAUCCAUGAGGGGCUGGUCGACGAAGCGCAGCAUUUGGACCCUAGCGUUCGACGAGUUUUGCAACUGCUGGAGAAGGCGAACCUUCUACCCUCACAGCCAACGGUCAGGAGCUCGGAAGAGGCAUCCAAUGGCGCAGAGUUCCCUAAGAUUGUGCGAGAGGCCGCAGAGCGCGGAUUGGUUCUCUUGAAGAACGAUGGUCUUCUGCCACUCCAGCCAUCUUCAUUGAAAAAAGUCGCUAUUAUCGGGCCAAAUGCCCGCAAGCCGACCGCAGGUGGCGCCGGUAGUGCAGCCGUAAACCCAUUCUACAUCACUACACCUGAAGAAAGCCUCAAACAUGCCCUUCAAAAGGCCAAUCCAGCGAUUGAGAUCUCGUAUGAACAGGGUGUGCCGUUUACCUUGCGCCCAGGUCUCCUUGGAGAUGCCCUUGCCAUUCCUGACGGUUCGAAACUGGGACUUCAGGUGGAUUUCUUUGCUGGACACGAAUUCCAAGGCCCGGUUGUGGCGACAACAUUUUGGGCUAAUUCUCUGACUUAUAUGAUGAGCGAUGGUGAUGUACCCCAGUCACUUCAGGGCAAGCCGUAUUGCUACAGGGCGAGUGGAGUUGUCACUCCCAAGGUCUGUGGCCAAUAUGUGUUCAGCAUUGCAAACACUGGCAAGGCAAAGCUCUUCUUAGAUGAUAAGCUCAUCAUUGACAACACUGACUGGACAACGACCACCGGGGGCUUCCUCGGCUGCUCCAGUGAAGACCGAACAUGCUCCGUUGAGCUGAGUUCUACCCGUUCAUACGUCUUGCGAGUAGACAAUGUCGUCACCCUACCGCUUAUGGAGUCAUUUGACAACACGGUCUUUCCUAGAAUUUCUGGCUUACGCAUCGGACUAUCUCUACAGGUGGAUGAGACAGAGAUGCUGAAUCGUGCUGUGGAGUCUGCACAGGAGUCGGAUGUUGCCAUCCUGGUUGUCGGUCAUAAUAAGGAUUCCGAGGGCGAAGGCGGCGAUCGAACGAAUAUGGAUUUGCCAGGUCGGACCAAUGAACUCGUCUCGUCUGUCUGCGCUGCCAAUCCCAACACUGUGGUUAUUGUCCAAGCCGCCAGUGCAACCACUAUGCCUUGGGCCGAUCAAGCGCACGCUGUUGUGUUAGGCUGGUACCAAGGCCAAGAGAAUGGCCCUGCCCUGGCAAAUGCACUGCUUGGAACUUGCAACUUCUCUGGCAAGACACCAAUUACCUUCCCAAAGAACUUGGGCGAUCAUGGUUCAAGCGACUGGUUCCCUGCUGAAGCGGCACGGGACCAUGCUGUCUUUGGCGAACAGGUACUGAUGGGGUAUCGGUCGUUUGAGGAGCGCAACAUUGAACCACUAUGGCCAUUUGGAUUUGGCUUGUCAUACACAUCCUUCACGCUGUCCAACAUCCACCUUAGUGGUACAUUGACUACCUUCCCUGGUUCUCAUGUGACUAUUCACGUCACGGUCAACAACACUGGCCAGUGCGAUGGUCAUGAAGUAGUCCAAGUAUAUGUCUCACCAUCAGUCUGUAUUCGCGAAAGAGGUCUGGUCAGCUACCCCAAGACCUUGGCUGGAUUCACAAAGGUGUGGGUACCUGCAAUGGAAUCUCGAGAUUCGAGCAUUACCAUCAAAAGCGACGAGUUCCGGUGGUAUGAUAAAGAAAUCUCAUCUUGGAGGGUAGACACAGGCGAUUACCGAUGUUUUGUAGGAACUAGCGUGAAGGACGUCAAGUGCGAGUUAGGUGUCGAAAUUGUUCAAGCUUGA